GCCACUGUUCGAGUAAGUUUAUUUCAAGGUGUGUCUAAUGGAGUACGUUUAUUCCAGGAGUCCUCCACGACUUCCUGAUCGGCUUGGCGGUCCUGGCUUGCCUGUCCCUAAAUCUGUACGUGCUUGUCAAGUUUUCCGGACCCAUUGUCCUCGACUCCCUCUGCGAGUACGUCUCGAGAGAAGCCAACGCCUCUAAGUCGAGGCCGGGCGCUGACGUCCGUGACUAUGACGCGUCGGACGACGACGACGGCAUGCCAGAGGACGUGUUCGACGGCAUCUCGAAACUCGUGGCUCGUCUCAAGAAACCCAAGUUGCCAAAGACCACGGGUGAAGAAGGCGUUCCGCUUCUGCCCUCUUCGAAGUCGUCACCGGCUGGCACACCAGAGGAAUCGAACGAAGACGACGGUGACGACCAGAGCGUCGUCUUCUACGACGAGGACACCUCCAAGUUACCGAAGACCACGGGUGAAGACGGCGUUCCACUUCUGCCCUCUUCGAAGUCGCCAUCGGCUGGCACGCCAGAGGAAUCGAACGAAGACGAUGGUGACGACCAGAGCGUCGUCUUCUACGACGAGGACACCUCCCAGAAUGCAACAGAAGAUGCUCCGCAGAUCUCGCCAGUACGUCCUCCUCGACAUCCGAAAGGCCCUGGCGUUAGUGGAUUGGGAUCGGCAUCCGGGGACGACGCUUUUCUCGACCCCAAGCAGACCCUUGGUGAACGAGACGGUAGUUCGCCAGAAAAGGCGUCUCCGGGGUCUGACGUCGCAGUCGCUGGAAGUCCCGAGGAAGAUUGGUUCUCGUCCGGCAGACGACGCUGGAUCGGCCGCUAUGACGUCACCGUUGCGCGGACGUCGAAAUACGAGAAACGACGUCUCCAAACGACCGCCGCGCUCUCUGACGGUCGAUGUUCUGAACUAAGCGGUAGUGGAUCUUCGUUGCCGGAGCAACGAGCGACGUACGACUUGUUCGUUGAGCGUUGGUCGAGUAGCGCGACUGCAGACGCCGCCAGCGACGUCUCGUUCUUGUCCGAUGACACUCUAAAUUGUCCUAUGGGCCAAAAUGUUGACGGAAGCUUCUCGAGCAACAGCGGCGGCAGCAGCAAAGGACUCCGGGAGACUCAGUUUCACCGAGGGCCCCUAAAGCGCCCACCAAGAAGUUCCGGAACGUCAGCAAAAUCUCACUCUUCAUCGGAGCAUGACGUCAGUGGCUCAGCGCCAACUUGGAAAUUUCUUUCCGGGCCUCACGAAGAGAAACGCGUGCAAAAGCCAGCCAACCACGACGUUCAAGUCGCAUCCGCAAAAAAUCUGAAUCCAAGCUCGCGCGCAGGCGAAAAGUUGAUCGAAGCACGUCGGAACGACCACAAAAAGAUAAACAGCGAUAAAGCUGAAGUCGUUGGCUGGUUUGAUGACGUUUCUUCAGAAAGCGGCGAAUGA